CCAGAAAAAUCCGCCCCUUAGGUUUCAGUGUGUCCGUUGUUUCUUCACGCUAUUAAAUAUCGCUUCAUCUCCCUCAAUCUUCUCUCCACUUUUCUAUUGACUCUCUUUCAUAUUUUCUCUUCCGAUUCUUCAUCUUUCUCUUGAUCUUCCUCAGCCAUGGCUCAAGAACCAGUUCGAGUCCUUGUCACUGGAGCUGCAGGACAAAUCGGAUAUGCUCUUGUGCCCAUGAUUGCAAGAGGAGUAUUGCUAGGACCUAACCAACCCGUCAUCUUGCACAUGCUUGAUAUCCCACCUGCUGCUGAGUCUUUGAAUGGCGUAAAGAUGGAGUUGGUGGAUGCUGCUUUCCCACUCCUUAAAGGUGUUGUUGCUACAACCGAUGUGGUUGAGGCUUGCACUGGUGUCAAUAUUGCUAUCAUGGUUGGUGGAUUCCCAAGGAAAGAAGGUAUGGAAAGAAAAGAUGUGAUGUCCAAAAAUGUCUCAAUUUACAAGGCUCAGGCUUCUGCCCUUGAAAAGCACGCUGCUGCCAACUGUAAGGUCUUGGUUGUUGCUAACCCGGCAAAUACUAAUGCACUGAUCUUGAAGGAGUUUGCUCCUUCCAUCCCGGAGAGAAAUAUUUCUUGCUUGACUAGGUUGGAUCACAACAGGGCAUUGGGCCAAAUUUCAGAGAGAUUGAACGUUCAAGUAUCAGAAGUUAAGAAUGUUAUUAUUUGGGGUAACCAUUCAUCAACACAGUACCCUGAUGUCAACCAUGCUACUGUCAAGUUAUCAUCUGGGGAAGAGAAAUCUGUCCGCGAGCUUGUUGCUGAUGAUGCAUGGUUGAAUGGAGAGUUUAUUAGCACCGUUCAACAACGUGGUGCUGCAAUCAUCAAGGCCAGGAAGCUCUCAAGUGCAUUGUCUGCUGCUAGUGCAGCUUGUGAUCACAUCCGUGAUUGGGUGCUUGGAACUCCUGAGGGCACCUGGGUUUCCAUGGGAGUUUAUUCUGAUGGAUCAUACAAUGUACCAGCUGGACUGAUCUACUCAUUCCCUGUUACCUGUCGUGACGGUGAAUGGUCAAUUGUGCAAGGACUUUCGAUUGAUGAAUUCUCUAGGAAGAAACUGGACUUGACUGCUGAGGAGCUGACCGAGGAAAAGGCGUUGGCUUACUCGUGCCUCUCAUAAAUAGUAAAGUGCCUCUUAAUUUACUUUUUGUUGAAUCGAAUGGCUACAGUUUUGAUUGAAUAAUGCCAUUGUUAAGAAGAGGUUAUAGGAAGCAGUGAAAACAGGACAAUACAUCUUCUCUGCUUCCUUUGUGUUUUUAUGUAUUCCUAUUUUGUUGAGGAUUUUUCCUUUCCCUUACGGCUUCAGCCGGCAAUGAAACCAUCAACUGCCUGUGUGAUGAGUUUUACAUGAAAAACUUUGUUGAUUGGAUUCUCACGUAUGUUAUCAACUCACCACAAUAAUUUCCUCAAAUUUGUUUA